AUGGCACACGGCUGUUUUUACCGACUGGCCGCAAAUGCGUCAGCGCUCAAAUACCUGCCUCAGGUUGGCCUUGACGCGCAUGCAACUAUUCUUGCUAGCAAUUCACGAACAGUAAUCACGCAGACCUUUGUGAACCCUUCUUCUACAGAAGCGAUCUCCGAAGUCUUCUACUCGUUCCCCCUAUAUGAAAGCUCUAGUAUCGUCGGCUUCACAUGUCGCCUAGGCGAUACUGUGAUUGAAGGAAUAGUCAAGCCAAAAGAAAAGGCAAAUGAGAUAUAUCAAGAAGCAAAGUCUAAGGGGCAAACCGCUGCUAUUCUUGAUCGGUCGCUUAGUGCCGCCGAUGUCUUCAGCACGCGCCUAGGAAAUGUUCCAGCGGGGGAUGCCAAGACAGAUGGUGUUCGAUACACGAUCCCCGUCACUAUUGGACCUCGAUAUGGAACUAGAGUUGGGCUUCCGCACCCGCCCGAAGGAGUUCUAGUAAAAACAGCAAUAAAGGUGGACGUUGUCAUGGAGAAGGGGUCUAAUAUCCGCAAUAUACGGUCGCCAAGCCAUCCAAUCCAGGUGGACUUAGGCCGGACAGCUGAUAUGCCGGAGUCAACUUUUGCGUCGAACUAUGCCUCAAUCCAACUUUGUGAGAAUGUGACAAUUGACGAGGAUUUUGUUAUCACCGUCAACACGGACAAACAAGAUCUCCCGUUUGCUUUCCUAGAGACACACCCUACAUUGCCAAAUCAGAAGGCACUAAUGGUCUCCCUGGUACCAAAGUUCAGUCUGCCACCGGAUUCAUCUGAGAUCGUGUUCGUCAUUGAUCGUAGUGGAAGUAUGAUGGAUAAGAUGCGUACUCUACGUUCCGCCCUUGGGCUGUUUCUCAAGUCGCUGCCAUUGGGUGUGCCUUUCAACUUAAUCUCGUUUGGCUCCUCAUCUGAAGCUCUCUGGGCUCGAAGCAAAGUGAGUACCAGAGAGAGCCUAGAAGAGGCUCUUCAGUAUACGAAGAAGAUCAGGGCCGAUCUAGGUGGAACUGAAAUUCUGUCCGGCCUCGAAGCAGCUGUGGAGAAGCGCUACCAAGACAAGUUCCUUGAGGUGUUGGUUCUCACUGAUGGUGAGGUUUGGAACCAGUCCGAGGUCAUCGAUUUGGUCAAUCAGGCCAACCAGCAGCAUUCCUCUCGGUUCUUCACUCUCGGCCUCGGGGAUUCCGUUUCACACUCUCUUAUCAAUGGUAUCUCCAGAGCGGGCAAGGGCUUUACCCAGACGGUCCUGAACAAUGAGGACCUAAAUAAAACAGUGGUUCGAAUGCUGAAGGGUGCUUUGAUGCCUCGACUGCACAACAGCAGACUGGAUGUGGACAUUUCCAAGGUUGAGGUUGAAGAAGACUUCGUGAAGGUUGAACUUCCUGGUGAUGAUACAACAGACACGGAGCCCUCUCCAAAGCAAAUUUCCCUAUUUGAUCAAGAUCAUAAAGAAGGGGAAGGAAUUGGUGAUGUGCAUGAGCCACUGCCGAAAAUUGCUGUUCCUAGCAUUUUGCAAGCACCACACGACCUUCCGGCUCUGUUCCCAUUCAUACGCUCCAAUAUCUACUUGCUUCUCUCACAAUCCAUUGACUCGUUUCCGGAGACGAUCGUCCUUCGUGCCAACAGCAAACACGGUCCCCUAGAGCUGGAAAUCCCCGUUCAAGAUAUUGGCAAGGGCCAAACUGUUCAUCAACUCGCGGCCAAAAAGACGAUUACCGAGCUUGAGGAGUCCCGCGGCUGGAUAUACUCUGCAAAGAAUGCCGAAUGCGAGCUGAUUAAGACAAAAUGGGAGAGUAGGGUUGAUGAACUGGUUCAGAAAGAAUGCGAGCGUCUGGGGGUGAGAUUCCAAAUCGCAGGGAAACACUGCUCAUUUGUCGCGGUGAGCGACGAGACCCAGGCUGAACGUGAUAGUAACUCAAAGGAUACCAAGGCUUCGCCCGAACUUGUCGAAUCUGGCGCCCUGCAGCCCCCGCCCGCAUUCUCAGGACUCAGCGUCCCGGAGGCCUCUGCCUUUAACCUGGACUUCAGCGCAAUUGACCGCCCAGACAUCCUGCAAUCCUUUGACUUCGACACAUUCCUCAACACCGAUAACGACACCGCUGGAUUCGAGCCGAAGAACAAAAUGGCCAAGACAUCCCAGAUGCCGCAUGGACCUGACUUGCAGGCAUCAUUCUCCCCGAUGAUUCCAUCUUACAGCGCUACGUCGCCGGGUUACACCCCUACUUCCCCUAGUGGUAUACCUAGCCGCCAAAUUUUCCGCCCAGCUUACGCCCGCUUCAAGUCUACAGAUGGUUGUAUUCCUGAUUUCAGUCACAUUCCUUCCAAUUCUUUCAAUCAAGAGGGCUCAUAUAGUGGCUACGGUUCUCCUAUAAGCCCAGGGUUCUCACCUACGUCCCCAGCAUACGGAUCACCUAAGUCACCCAUUUGGGAGGAAGACGACGAUGAAGACGCAGACGCGGCAUCAACACUCCCGGUAAAUAAACUCAUCCAGCUCCAGACUUUUGAAGGUUACUGGGAGAUGAGCGAUGCACUGUUGCAGGUCGUGGGCCUUGAUCCAAGCACUGCCCGCGUCAACAUACAAACCGACUAUGACUUCCUGGCGGGAAUUGAGACGAACGAGGUAUCUGCGGUGGAAAAAUGGUCGCGUUUGAUUGCUACAUCUCUGGUGUGUCGAUUUUUGGAGACAAAUGAAGCUGGGUCUCACGAUGUGUGGGAGUUGAUAAAGGUCAAGGCGGAUGGCUGGGUACACGCUGAGAUUGCUGCAAUGGCCACUACUGACCGAGAACUCGUCACUAAGCUCAUAGAGCGGCUUGGCUCUCUGUUCUGA